CGGUCGGGCGGCGGCGGCGCCCGGCGCAUGGAGGCGAUGCCCUGCCACAACCAGCAGCUGGGCCCGGCGGGCGGCCCGCGGCCGCAGCAGCAGCAGGACGAGCCGGCGGCGGCGGCGGGUGGCGGCUGCGGCGGGUCCCGGCUGAUCCGCUUCGCGGAGCCCGGCGAGAGCAGCAGCGGCAGCCCGAGCCCGGACAGCAGCAGCAACGGGCUGCUGCCCGAGGCCCCGCGCGGCGCGCCCGCCGCCGGCCCGCCGGCCCUGGGCGCCCAGCUCAAGCUGCUGCCCAUGAACGACCAGAUCCGCGAGCUGCAGACCAUCAUCAGGGACAAGACAGCCAGUAGAGGAGACUUCGUGUUUUCUGCUGAUCGUCUGAUCAGACUUGUGGUUGAAGAGGGACUGAAUCAGCUACCAUACACAGAAUGUACAGUGACCACUCCAACAGGAUACAAGUACGAAGGAGUGAAAUUUGAAAAGGGAAACUGCGGAGUCAGCAUUAUGCGAAGUGGAGAGGCAAUGGAACAAGGUUUACGAGACUGCUGUAGAUCAAUCCGCAUAGGAAAAAUCCUGAUACAGAGUGAUGAAGAAACUCAGAGAGCGAAAGUGUACUAUGCUAAGUUCCCACCAGACAUUUACAGGAGAAAAGUUCUUCUUAUGUACCCAAUACUAAGCACUGGUAAUACUGUAAUUGAGGCUGUAAAAGUUCUUAUAGAACACGGCGUACAACCAAGUGUCAUUAUCCUGUUAAGCCUGUUCUCCACGCCGCACGGUGCCAAAUCGAUCAUCCAGGAAUUUCCAGAGAUCACAAUAUUAACUACAGAAGUUCAUCCUGUUGCACCAACACACUUUGGACAGAAGUAUUUUGGAACGGACUGACACAUUUGGAAGAAACUGAUAUGGCUGUAUGAUAUUACAAAAUGUUUUUUUUUCUACGUUUUAUUACUUGUAGUAGAGCUGGUUGAGGGCAUAUUUAAAAAUCUUCUUCUUGGCCAAGGGUGGGGGGAAAACAUUUGACCUAUAUUACUUCUAGUUGGUUACUGCAUGACCACAGAAUCAGAUGCAGUAACAUAGCACCCUGAAUCAUUACAGACUGAAAUCAUCUAAAUGUUGUGCUUGUAUAAAUCGCUACACUUUCUCCUUUAACUUAUUUAUUCUUCUAUAGCCUGUUCUGUGGCUUUUUUUGCAAGAGCAAAAUAAAACUAAAUCAUUGAAGCAUGUACUAAUAUUGUUAAUGCAUACAUCACUCCAGUCUUUGGAUGUUGGCCAAUAACUGAAGAUGUAACUUUGAAUUUUUUUUGUUCUCUAUGGAUUGAUUUCAAAAGGCAUGCAAAGCCUUCUGCUGAAAAGAUCUGGGCUGCCCCAAACAACACCUCCUAAGAUAAGGGCACAGAACCCAGAGAAUCCCUUUUUUUGCUCAGAUAAAGAACAUUCCCCCCUCCAAAGCAGCAGUCUCAAUUGAAGUUGAGUAAGGCUUCCAGAGCUAGAAUGUUUUUCCUGAGCAUGGGCUAAGUUACAAGAAAUAACCAAUCACGAGUAUAAUUAAUAAAUUAGCCAAAAACGGUUUUAAUGCACUCCUUGCCUGCAGUACAGUAUAAACCAUGCAGGCUCUCUAGUAUAAACAAUAAUACAAAAUAACAAAGCAACAUGUACAGCAUAUUCAAUUAUAUAAACCAUAUAAACACUUUGAAAGUGCUAGUGAAACGCCAAGCAUUCAUAUUAAAGAGAAUGUUUGUUAGACAGUAAAAAUGAGUAUAUUGAAAGCUUUAGUAAAAACCAUUUGAUAUCCAAAGUCUCAAUGCCAGCAACAGCAGUAAACUCCUGAACCUGACUAAACAUUCCACAUGUUGUCAGUAGACUGUUAGCAACAUUCACUGGAAAACAUUUACUUCCUAUUAAUUUAAGGAAUGAAUUAGUAUUAAACAACAUAGCUCUGAUGUGUCAUGUCCUCAGCUGAACACAACAGCACUGAUUUAAUGCAAAAUUUGCAGACACAAAAUACUUACUUAUAAAUACCAACACUAGGUCCUGUUUUUAUGUAAAAGCAACCGAAUGCGGUAAUAUAUUAAUAAAAUGGAAUCUCUGUUAACAUUUCCAAUAAUUUAAGUUACUGGCAAAGUGCCCACUAAAAGCUAGUCUUCCUUGCUAUGAAAAGUUCUUUACAUUACAGUGGUUAUCAGUGAAAAGGAAAAACAAAAGUCAUUCUGACCCAGUCUAGGAGGUAGCAUAUUAGUUCCCAAACAAAGCUUUCUAAUGCAAGCGCAACCGUUUCAGCUACUGUUCUGUUUAAUGGAAGUUUUCUUGCCAAAUCCAAACCCAGCAAUGAACACCGAGUGAAACCAACUUGGUUUACUUUGAAGCGAGGCAAAACUCUCAAUACAGCUGAACUCUAACAUACAAGAGGUUUGUCAUUAACUAAUCCUAAGAUUUAGUUCAUAUUUGAAGGGCCCAUUUUAAAAAAAUAAACAUGAAUGAGUCUCUUUCUCAGCUGAAAAAUACCUGGAGAAAAAAAUUAUAAAAUAAUUUCUGUUUUGCAUGCUUCCAGCAAGAAAGGAAGCUGCAGUAGAAGCUUCCUUUUCAAACACCGCAGUUUGGAGUUACUCUGGAAUGGCUGUUUCCAUCAUCAGUAAGUACAGCAGAGGCCCACAGGUGAACAUAACCAUUGCAAAAGAAUUCCCCCACACGGCGCCAACGCGCAACAGACACCAGGUUCCACCCACCUCUUCACACAAGGUCUUUUAUGACACUAGUCAUAAAAUUUUAUCUCCUUCUCACCAGAGGCCGCGUCUGCAGCACCACGCCAGGUGGCCCCUUACAUAAGCAGGAUAUUAGAUGCUUAUAUGAGAAUUUACAUCUCUUUCUUACAUACACGCCAGAAGCACCAGGAUCCUCUGGGAAAGGGGAGAAACAAUACAGCAACACUUUCAAGAAUCCACAGGAUUUCAUUUCAGCUUAUAAAGGAAAGAGAUGAGAAGGUGCCGCACAUGCAAUUUUUCAUUUUAGAAAGCGGGCAGGGAGGACAAAGGUAUUUUUUUCCAUGCUUCCUGUGGGAUUUAGCCUCAAAAAUUUAGAGUCCAGUAAGUACUGAAAUACCAAGACUCCCAUCAAGUAAAAUACCUCUAUGUUAUAUGAGCUGUUUGGUACUAGUAUCUGAUAGGAGACUGUGUCUUCUUAAGCACAAUUGGAAUAAGAAAAAAAAUAUAUAUAUAUAUAACCCUUAUGAUUUUUUGACAGUGGCUGCUGUGAUCCACUUAAAGUUUUACAAAUGCUGUUGUAUUUACAAAUGCUAUUUUUCUUCUGUUGAUAGAAAAAAAAAGCCACGAAGGCGUAACAGACUUAUAGAUUUGUAUUUGAAAUAUAAACUUAUGUUUUAUUUCACAAAGUUUACAUUCCAAACUGAAGCUCGAAAGCAAAGAAACAUGAUUUUUAGGAAGAAGAUAAAAGGAACAUGGAAAGUUGGCUCCCACUGCUUUGAGCAAAGAAAGCUGUCUAAAUGGUAAGAAUCACAAACCCGGACCUGACAAAUGUUAAGUUUAGUUACAAAUAAAAUACAUAGUAUAACUCUUUAAAAUGGCACCUACUCACCUUCUUAGUCUCCAAAGAAAAUAGCACAAACAGUUGAAACCUGAUACAUUUUAACUGCAUAUUCAGGAGGAAGAGCACAAAGCGAGAAGUAAAAAGGACAGUAAGAAUAAAAAUGUGUAACAGCAGGUAUGAGCUCGAUGGUAACCAGCAGAGAAGCAAAUAAAACAUUAAGCAGGAAGCGUACACGGGCAGUGCCACAACGCUGCAAUGCUCAUCACUGCCAACCUGUUGGACAGACCAUUGCUUUUAAUGCAAAAUGCCACUCUACCAUGCAAAUGCUUUAAUUGACAGUUUCAAAAUGAGUUUAUUUUUGCAAGUGUUCUGUAACAAAACGGCAGCUGAUAUAAUUGGAAAAAUAUCAAUAAAAUCAAGGUAUUUUCAAGUA